AUGAAAACCGUCAUUUGUGGUCUCAAAAUAAGAGAUACUGAGAAAAUUAGUUGGUCGAAAUCCUUGGCGUCAUAUUUAAAAAAAACGUACGGUUCUCCAACUUGGCAUGAAUUUUACGAUCAACAAUUGGCCGAAAAGCUGGACCAUAUCAGAAACAAUGCGAAUGGGGAGCUUGCAGCGGAAUCUCUGCUGGAACAGAGUUUAAUUUACUAUGCAUAUUUGGAGCAUCUCUACCUUCGGACAGGAAACAGCUCAUCACUUCUGAGAUUGGAUUUUAAUUGGUACGACGCAGAAUAUGACUCGAACAAAGGCAAGGAGAAGUUUGCACAACAUACGUUAGCGUUCGAAAGAUCCAGCAUGCUUUACAAUAUAGGAGCGAUUUUGAGCGAAAUUGCACAAGAGAAGAUGGCACAAGAUGGAAAAAUGGCCAUUGCGUAUCUGUCCAAAGCGUACGGAUGUUUUGAGUUUUUAAGCGAGAACUUCUUGAAUUCUCCUUCUGCAGAUCUACAGGCUGAUAAUACGCGAUUUUUGGCAGAUUUGUGUCAUGCGGAAGCUCAGGAAUUGUUCUUGUUGGCGUUAAUUAAUGGUACAGAUGCUUUUAAGAAGGCUUCUUUGAUCAGUAAGCUUGCUUUAUUGGCCAGCACGCUUUAUGAGAAAUUGAAUAAAUUUUAUCUGGACACCACCACUGUGAUAGGAGUUAGGUUUGGUGAUUUGAAAUGGAAAAGCAUUAUCGCUUGUAAAGCACAUUUUUACAGAAGCGUCUGUGCUUACAAUUAUGGCCUUUUCCUAGAGCAACAAAACAAGGUCGGUGAAGCCAUUUCUUUCAUGAAAAUUGCCAGUGAAUCCAUCGUAUCCGCGCUGCCCAACAAGCUUUACGUCAAGGACGAAAUGAGCCUUGACGCGUUCAAAACGCUAAUCGAUGGUAAAACAAAGUCGCUCAUCAAGGAUAAUGACUACAUUUACCACGAUAGCAUUCCAAUAGAUUCAUCAGUCCAAGCCAUCAAACCCAUGGAUGCUGUAAAGCCUAUUGAAAUUUCCAAACAGCUUGCCAAAUAUCUAGAAUCGUGCUCCGAAUCAAGUGCCGUACUCUUCAAAGGCAUUGUACCCAUGGAAAUUUACGAGAAAGAGAGCAUUUAUUCCGAGGACAAGGCUCAAGCUUUGAGAUUGGAAUUAGAAAAAGUUAGCACGGCAGAUUGGGAAUUGACCUCUUUUAUUGAUUUCACCAACCUUCAAAAAAUGAUACAAGAAUUAAAAUCAAGAAUCCAGAACUGUAAUGCGGGAGGACAACAAGAAGAUGUACAAUACGCAAUGGGUAAGAAAAAUCUUGAAUUUUGGUCUGAAAGCGUUAACAAAAGUCACUUCAGAGAUAUUGAUCUACAGAUGAAAGCUAUCGUGAAGAAAAGGCAAACCAUUAUGAAUAAACUUGGUUCCUUACCUCCCGGGUAUAGGGACAAUGCUGUUAAGCUCAAAUCAUCACUUAUAUCGGCCUCGAAAUCUGACGAUAAGCUUUUCUCGUCUUUAAAGCCGUAUGCGGUCGAUAUCAAGCUUUUGGAAGAUCGCACUUCCUUGCUGCAACAGUGGGAUGCCUACAAAAAUACAAAUGACAAUCAUGUGAGUUUAUUGGAUAUUGAUGACGGUAGAAACGAGCAGGCCUUCAAUAAGUUGAAGCACGUGGAGCUCCAGUAUAACAACCUCAAAUUGCUCAAGGAAGAGCGCACCAGAAAUGCGGAAGAUCUGAAAAGAGCACUCAAUAAUGAUGACAUUACCGACAGUCUUUUGAAAAAUCGAAACAAGACGGACUCAGAGUUGAGGGCUUUGUUCCAAGAGGAGUUAUCCAAAUUUGAUCCCUUGAGAACUAGGAUAGAAGCAGCUAUCUUCAAACAAUCGGAUAUCAUAAAUGACAUCAAAAUCUCAUUGAGUGAAAUUUUUAAUUUAACUGGAAUUCAAGAAGAAGGAUCAAAUACAGAUCCGAAAAAAAGCGAGCGCGAAGAGUUCUUGACCAGAAUGGAUCGUGCAUUUGCGAGCUUUUCAACGUUUUCCCUUGAUUUGCCUAAAGGUUUGGAAUUUUAUGACUCUCUUCUGAAAAUCACUAAUGAGCUCGCGGAGAGCAGCGAAGAGACCAAGCCACCAACGAACAUCGAAAAUCCUUCGUCUCCCGCCUUACCAAGAAAUCCAGGUAAUAGCGGCGUGGAAGAGAGGCUCGGAAGGCUUCAUCUAACGAAUAAUUACGAGUCCAGAAGCCCCCCCAUCCCAUCUCGUGAUCAGUACGGAUUUUCACCUGAUUACUCUAUGGCUAUCCCUGGGGGUCCACCUCUUCCGCCGAGACAACCGGCAAGUGGUAUAACAACCCUUUUAAGUCAAAAUCAAAACGAGGAGCGUGAAUUAGAAGAAAACCCAACAUCCUUUUACAGUAGACCUUCUGUUUUUGACGAAAACUUGUACUCCAAGUUCAGUCAAUGA